AUAUACGAGUUCUUUUUUACAUAAAUGAUUUGAGGCAAAAUUUGAGAGUGUUUUGAAAGGAAGUCAGGGGCACAUUGAACCUAUCGCGAGGAUGAUAGAGAAACACAUAUGAAGAGAAACAGGUUCCUUCGAGGGAUUCAAAACCGCUUGCAUCCACCUUUUCAACCGAAAGCGGUCUAGGCCCAUGUGAAAGUCCCUCUCCUCCUUCCGUCUCCCCCUCUUCCUAGAUACUUCUAUCUACAUGCUUCUUAUGUUUUACAUAAAAGAAAUGCGCAGGGUGUAUAACGAAUGAAUUUCCUUGUUGACAAAAUUCGUCGAAUUACAUCAAGCUGGAAACAUGCGAGAAUAUGGAAUCAAGACUUCCAUGCUAUCUGUAAAAGCGAUAAGCAAACAGUUGAUAUCCCUCUAUCAUCACUUUGCUCGUGAUAGAUAAUGUGCAACGUUGCUAUAGUUAUCACUAAUAUACUCUCUGACUUUCUGUAUUUUCUUCCUCCGAAACCGAAGAAUCACUUUGUCUCCCUGUUUUCUUUUCACUAACUUACUUUUAAUAGCUUCUCAGAACGCAUGGCUGUCCCAUGAAGCUUUUCGCUCGUCCUGCGUUUUUUUUUAUCGAAACCUUGGUCGUCCUGAAACAAGAGGGAGCAAGUGCUGCUAAAUCUGGAGCACAGGGUGGAUGUUCCAUUAAAUAGAUCUGUAACACUUCUAGCAGUAUUCAAUUUCUCCAACCUUACUUACAGUCUAAAAUGAAUAUUUGUAUUGCAUUAAAAAUCUUUGAAAUAGGAAGCUAUAAAUAAUUACAAAAAUUUAUGACAUAUUUUUUACAAGGUAAUCUCAAAGUUAAAAUACAACAAUCAGAAUAUUGUUGAGCACUGAGAAAUAGCAAGCUAACGUUCCAAUUGUCAUUCUGUAAAUUAGCGUAGCUGGAAAACUCUAGGGUUUAAAAGUUGAAUAAGCAGCUUGAGGUCGACGUAUUCAGCUGGCUUCGGAUAUGGAAUUUUUCGAUGGCGCAACGGUACAAGGAUUCACCUUAGCAGCUUCGCAUUCCCCCUUUUCCUUCGUCUUUUUCUUCGCCUAGGGCCCAGUCUGAUGGCGCAUUCACGCACACAGAUGUACCGCUGAUAGUAUGCGGUUAUGCAUGCGUGCGCGCGAGCACGCAGAGGAACGAUUUUCUUUUAUCGAGGCCAUUUUUAUCGUGUCUUCUUUUCGUUGUACGAAGUGAAGCCUAGAUAAGACGAGAAUCAAGCCGCAUACUUUUUCGGCCUGUUUUAAUACGUCACUUCGCAAGCUCUGGUAAACAGGAAACGACCUGCACGAGAUGAAGAAACGGAGGGUGAAAAAUAUAAUAAAAUGCCAUUAGUUUUAAAAAAUAGAAGAAAACAACGUGAUAGACGACCGUAAGAAUAUGGUGAAAACUUUUGAAGAUUUUAUAGAGAACGUAGACGCAAUCAGCGGUCGCGUCGAAGGCAGGGCGUGGUGGCAAUUUUCAGGAACGCAUACAGACAUACAGGUUUUUCGUGCCUCUUCACACAUAAGCGCACCGUUGAUUAGUGAAGGCCUCAAGAGAUUUCGAGUCUCUUAAAAUACGUACAAGUGUUCAAACGCUAUUCGAAGUUUAAAACGCAAAAAUUUCAUCGAAAAGUCUUAAUAAAUAUCAAAUGUUUACGAUCAAUUUUAAUUUUAGACAAAAAUAUUUUAACGAAGAAUCAUUUUUGAGGUAUUUUCUGUACUUUCACAGAACAAACUUUAAUUUUUCUAAACAAUUAAAAUAUUGCAAUUUUAAGAAUUUUACGGUAGUAAAACUCCAGCACGCUUCAAUUUCUUUUAAAAUCUAUCAAAUUAUUUGCUAACGAAGUGUCGAAAUAUUUUAUUUGUAAAGAUACAUGUGAAAUAUUGGAAAGAAUAUUACAAGGAACAAAAUAGCGGAAGAAUUGUUAUAAUGAAAAAUCAUUAAAACUCUUAGAAGAAUCAAUGAAACCAUAAACGAAGAAUCGCUCGAAAACUUUGGGGAAGAAUGAAAUCAGUAGCUGUUGCUAGCGUUGAUGCUUGAGCGAAAGACGUGGGUGUACGCGUACGACAUCGCAUCGUCGCUACGCACGCACAUGCAUGCAAGGAUGCAUCGAUUGCACGUGUGUGCGUCGUAACCCGCAGGAUAUUAGCCUAGACGCAGUGUGAUUGGCCGAUCGUGCAACCAGGGACGACGAUGCCUGUGCAAGUCUUCUAAUGCGUACUAUUCAGUGGCGUAACUUUUCACCAUUAUAAGUUUUUUUACCUUCUUUCAAGGAGAUUUCUUCCCGCAUAACUUUUAUGAUCAAAAAGUUGCACGAUAUACAUUCAACUAGUACAUUGUACAGAAUGUUUUCUGAUCGACGUUAUUGUCUGGGUCUAUUAUUUUUUUAAUAAUUGAUAUAGUUGCAUUUUUAGUUACUCGAAAGAAGUAUUAUGCAAUUAGACAUAAAUACAAUUGAACUUUUAACGAAUCGCGUAUCUACUUUCUUCCAAGUGUCUUUAAAAAUACAAAAUAAUUCAUUUCGUUUGCGUACAUGACUAUCUGUUUAUCGUGAUUGUUUCGUUCAGGAAUGAAAUGGAAAAUUCUGCCGGAUGUUUUGCAUCGAGGAUCGGUGCCGUUCCCGUUUACGCCACUGUAACAACGCACACGAACGUCGUGCCAUGUAGCAACGUAGAAAGAGAAGCAGAGAUAGAGCAACACACCAAUACACGUUUGCGGCCACCCCUAUGCCAGAGUUGAGCCAUGACCAGCUCGGCCGUGUACGUCUUUCUACGCACGACUCGUCAGUGGUCGCCGAGUGGGCCGUGGGAGAGGAUUUCCGUUUUCGCUUUGACUUUAUCCUAUAUUGUGGGUGUGCACUCGUAUCGCGUUUGAUCGACAAAGUUGUUGGCGAUCGAAAAUACUCGUCAAUGAAACCGAAGUUAAAGAAAACGAUAAAUGAAAACUACAUAAAUCGCUAAUGUGAAUGAACGUAGUCGAAUUACGGGGAAAAGCUACAAGAGGAAAGAAGACGAACACAGUCAUCGUAGGAAAAGGAUAGAAGAGGAAAUAUAAAAACCUGAGGAGCGAAAUAAAAAGAAUAUUUCUUUUCUUCUUCGACCUCGAAACAGAACAGUGUAUAUAGUGUUUUUCUAAAUGUGACACAUGGUCGUUUCUAUUUACAAUGCAAGUUAUGAUUUCGCGAAAAUGAAAGAGAUGGAUAGAAGUUUGUUUUGAUCGGCGGUUUCGCGCACACACGCGCCCCCCACAUGUCAUGCAAAUCCAGUAAGGGGAUACACUUUUACGGCUACGUUCUUCAAGGAGAUUUUAAAAAUAUCGAGUGAUCAAGUGAUCAAGUGACGAAGUGACGAAUGCGAGUGCACAUGCAUGCUAAUGCCGUACGUCUCCUAGCGUACUCCUCGGCGGCCAUUUGAACACAGUCACCACACGGCGCCAUCGUUUCGAGAAGGGGAAAUCGUCUUGGCGAACUCGACUCAACCAAUUAAAUUGAUCGAAAUGGCGAGCACGUCACAGCAAUACUGUUUACGUUGGAACAAUCAUCGUUCUAAUUUGCUGACGGUAUUUGACGAACUACUUCAGAAUGAGUCAUUCACAGACGUAACCCUGGCGGUCGAUGGAGGUGCCUCGGUGAAAUGCCAUAAAAUGGUCCUGGCGGCUUGUUCUUCUUACUUCCAAACUCUUUUCAUCGAUCUUCCGUGUAAACAUCCGAUCGUCGUAUUGAAGGACGUGAAGUAUUCCGAAAUUAAGGCUAUACUCGAAUAUAUGUACCGAGGCGAGGUGAACGUGGCACAAGAGCAACUGGCUGGAUUGCUGAAAGUUGCGGAAGUAUUGAAGGUGAAGGGCUUGGUGGAAGAAAAUGGUUCGCAAAGUCGUCGCGAAGAAGUGGAAACUUCAAUGUCACCGCCACCAGCGAUAAGCACGAGUACGACGAGCAGCGCGGCACACAGCAGCGGUCACACGUCACCUCCGCAUUCCACUGGUACUUCGUACAUGUACGGGAAAUCGCCAGUGGAUCGAAGUAAUCAAAUGCCAUUACCCAUGUGGCCACUUUCCGGACUUCCCCUUUCUCAUUCCAGUUCUAAUUACCAAACAACAUCACAUCCACAGCAUUCCUCUACUUUAACCGGUUCUUACGACAAUGGCUUUGAAACCUCUCCGCUAAAACGCAAGAAGCUCUCCAACAUAUUAAUGAACAGGGACACCCCGAUCCUUAGAACGGUGCUGGGUCAAGGUCACGCGGACAGCUCUCAGGGUAUUCCUUUAUUACAUCCGGAUAGUCACGAAAACCACUUUCGAAAUAGUAGUAAUGGUUCAUCGAAUGAGAACGACCGACGCAGUAGUACCGAGAUACCUCAUGGAGAACCCGCGCAUAGUCCUUACACCGAUGUGUCUAUGAUGGACGAAGACGAUAAGCAACCAUCGCCGCAAUCGUAUCCUACCGAUAAGUCAGGGAUCGUGAAUUAUGUCCCAACGCAGAAGCCAGAAUGGAAACGAUAUAAGCAAUAUACGCGGAAAGAUAUCAUGUCUGCAAUCGAUGCCGUACGUACCGGAAUGAGCGCGUUACAAGCUGCACGUAAGUAUGGAGUACCUUCUCGAACCCUUUACGACAAAGUGAAGAAAUUGGGCAUUACAACAUCGCGACCUUUCAAACGUGGCUCGAAUGGUAGUGGCGCCUGUUUUCCGUAUGGAAUUGGCGGUAAUGCAAACGGCGGUAUCUAUAGUGGUGCCCUCUCCGAGAAUGAAAACGAAAAUAGCAGCGCGAUAGACAGCCCUGGUUCGAUUCUCGAUGCAUAUAAGGCCAGAGAUGGUCCUAUGGAUCGAGAAAUGCUGGAUGUCUCUCGUUGUAGCUCUACUCCUAUUAUACAUUCUAUAAAACAACAAAGCAACGAAGAUCAAGUGGAAGAUCUCUCCGUAAGUCGCAAGUCGGAUGUUCGCGUGAUAGUCCCACCAACAUCUGUAAUCAAAGAUGAAGAAGAUAUUGAUUAAGACAUUGGAUAAUAUGAAGACAAAUUUUCUCUUUUUUAUCUGUUGUUAUCGUCAGAAAGUCGUUUAUAGCAGAAACUAAACGUACUAUUCAUUGGUACAAUAAUUUCCUGCAGGAAUUUAAUGAUGUUUCAUGAAGCGAUAGUUGAUUGUUAUUCUAUUAGGGAAAUGCAUUAGAAUCAUAUGUUUCUUAAAUAUAUGUUGUUUCAUGAAACACCAUAUUUAGGGACCAUUAUAUGAAAAUACUUCUAACAAAGAAUAAGACAAAGCGGAGAGAUAUAUGUUUGAAUUAAAGCCAAUUAAGUCAGCAUUUGACAAAAGACUCAGGGAAUAGCAAUAGUAAAUUAUAAAUUGUUUACAUCGCGAAUAUUUAUAAUAACUGGUAUACAAGUACUGGAAUAGGGACCUUUGGAAUCCCUUUUUGAAAUUACUUUACACAAGACUGACUUGUUUCAAGAGACUGAAACGUAAUCAGCAAUCAUGUUCCAAAGUUGUUAAAGCCUAAUGUUGACGAUCAGUGAACUGUGCCUUUCCAUUAUCAUUGUAACUAGUAACAAUUUUAACAAGCAAGAUUAAUAUACUGGCAAAUUAAAAGCUGUUGAUUCAGCGAAUUUAAAUAUUAGGUGCAAAUAUAUUCGAUAAACACUUGCGAAGGAUAAUUUUAUAUAUUGUUUUCUCCCUUCUUUUUAGAUAUUUGACAAGAUGUGUUUAGAAAAGAAAAUGUUCGUAAUGGAUUUCUAAAAUUUACGAAUAUUCCAACUGCAUUAAGCUUUAAACACUUUUGGACCAGUGAAUAUGCAUGAAAUUUUAUUAUUCGCUAUCGUGAUUCGAAUGUUUUUAAUUUUUCAUUUGCAAUCAACGAUAGUAGUACUAUUUAGAGCCUUAAUCGAUUUUAUAUGCCGCGUAAAAGUAUAUUAUUUUAACAAUUUUGUUUUCAUAUUUUUCUUUUAAGAAAGAUAUAUUCCUAUCUUUAGCAUUAAAUGCUGUCCGUAGGAGAUGAUUAUAUAUACAGGUAAUAUAUGUAUAUAUAUAAUCUGAGAAACAAAGAAAGGAAAGAUAGAAAGAAUUAUACACUUUGAAGAAUUUCAUGUUAAUGACUGAGAUAUCGAAUGUUAAUUUGUUGGUAAUUAUAAGAUUACAUUAUCGUUACUAAUCAUGGCCCUGGGAUACAGCUGCAAUAUUGCUCAAUAUUAUGCAUGUUACAUUACAAUAAACAUAGAACGAACUACCUCAUUGUACAACGAACAAGAUUGUUCAUUAACGUUAAGACUGAUAAGCCGAAUCUGCGUUACCAACUCGUCGAAACCGUACGAUUUUAUUUUACAAACGCUGAGAUAUAUAUACAUAUAUAUAUGCAUGCACACAAAAAAGAAAAGUAUGUAUGUACACCCACACACACAUAUGUGUGCAUAUAUGUGUGUCGCGCAUGGCGUGUGUGUAUACUUAUAUAUGUAUACCCUGUACGUAUAAGUCCUAAAACUACUAUAUUAUAAACAGAUAUCAAUUUUUAAUCACGAUAUAAAUUGUAGAAAUUCGGGAGUUGAAGUUGUUUCAAGUAAGUUGGAGUCUCCGCUAAUAGUUCGAUACAGUGGUGUAUAGAAUUUCUAUGAGAGGAACGGGAAUGGUAUAUUCUAAAAUUUCUUUUUAAAUCAGUGUAUUUCUAUUUUAUGUUGUUCACCCUUAAGAAGCAGCAGACUUUAAAAUUAAUUGUUUUCUAUGUUUUUCUUACAUCGGAUCGUAUAUAUAAAAUGUUGACGAUGCAUUUGUUCAUCAUAUGAUAAGAUUUUUUACAUAUUAUUUUGGAGUAAACUAAUGUCACUUUGUGUUAUUUUAGUCUGAAUUGUAUAUAGAUUUUAAAUUGAUUUGAUACUAUAAAAUUGUCUAAUUCGAACAGUUAAACAAUCAGUUUAAACGUUUGAUGUUUCUUGUAGAAUAGAAAUCCGGACGCAUUAUUUAAUAAAAGUUCAAUGCGCGCUAAGCUUUUACUAUAGAUCUCAGAUUUUAUAGAAUUAUAAGGAUUCUCUUGACACGGAAACCACAAAUUAUUCAAAAUAAUUGACGUUGGCUAAAAGUUUUUUAUUCCAUACAUGUUUUAUACCAAGCUUAUUAUGGAUCUCGGAUACCACAAAAAGUACAAAUAGUUGUCAGGUCAAACAGUGAAUAAGUAAAGAUCCUUUUAUACUAAGUCUUCGUACAGUGAAAUUCGUUCACGAUGAGUCGAAAUUUAAAAAAAGCAAUUCGUCGUUCUUGGUUUUUUGCUUAAAUUCGGAACAAAUUUCACUGCACUCUUACACCAUAUAGCCAUGAUACUCAUUGAUAAGUACAAACCAAAGCUGCCUUGAUACUUUUUUACCUCAGAGUAAUGUACAUAUACAUAUAGGGCAUUCCGUCACCGUUUUAUAUGGAACUUAAAUAAUAGUAAACGAUGUAUGACACAAGCUCAAAUUUUAUUUGUGCUCUCUCUUAUCUUUAUAUUUAUUCAUUUACUACCAUAACCAAGUAGGAAAGAAUUUCAUUCUUCCUGUAAGAAAUAGAUUUGAGCUUUUUAGUAUUAUAAUAGAACGUGUAACAUUGUACCUGUGCAUCAACUGCGAUGUAAUUACAAGAAAAAGAGUGUAUAUAUGCAAAGAAACAGUUUUAAAUAUCGAUGAAUUUCAAUGCCAAACAACAAUGAACAAAGAAAAUAGUAGUCAAGUUUGAAGACCACAGAAAAAUAGAAGUAAUUCCAUUUAAAUGACAAGAAUAAUUGAAUUUAAACGUGCCUAAGUAAAUGAAGAAGAAUAGUUAAAUUAAGAAGAAAAAUUAAAAAAAAAAAAACAAAAACGUAAGAAAUACUUAGACUGAAAUAAACGUAGAAGACUGUGUAUAUGUUUACUUUUAUUACAGAAGUGUAUGAAAAUAAUGUGUUCAGAGCAAAGAGAAAAGAAUAUAUAGUUUUAAUUUAAAAGGAAAGUAUAUAGUAUAAAAUAAUCCGAAGAGACGCACGAAUACAUAUCAGCAUUUAAAAAUCCGCGAACAGAGAUAUGGUUUUUAUCUACGCAAAACAUUGCACAUCGAAAAAGGAAUAAUAUGUCAUAUUUGAAAUGGUCCAGGUAAAUAUAUAUGUGUAUAAAGAACGAUGAACCGGUUUUUACGCGUUUAAUAUAAAUCUUAAUAGUCGGUUAUAGUGCGUAGACGCAAUCUUCGAUGCCUUAUAAGAAUUUAGUACUUUAGAUAUAUUAAUUACGGAAUUAGAAUUGUAAAUAAUCAUGAGCAAAAGAGGGGACAAAAAUGGAGGGUCAAGGGGAGAGUUAUCUUUUAUCGUAUGUAAAUCUAGCGCCGUAUUAUUUUUUAAGACUGAUUUUUUGCUACGUUGAGAAUUUGUACGUACACAUAAAUACACAAAGACAUGUACACUCGAAAUUGCACUUUCGAUUAAUUAUAAGCCCUUCUAUGUUUUACACUUAACACCAUAAAAUAUACGGGUCGUUUCCCAUUUCCACUAUGUGGACAUAUGUUAUUAGAACUGUAAAAGUUUGUUAUGAAAUAUAUCAUCCUGAAAAACUC